AUGACCGUCAAGUUCAAUGUCGACGUCCCUUGCCAGGAGCUGAAGGAGCCGGAGAUAGGCCAUGGAGGAUACCAAGAACUCCGCCCACGCACCGAAAUCCUCUCAAGUGGCAGUGUGACUGCGCCUGGACGACGAGCUCUGUCUUGCGAUAUCCUUGUGGAACACGAUGUUGCAAUCACCAUGAGAGACGGGUGCAAGCUCUACGCUGACAUCUACCGACCCCCAACCGCCCCAGAGAGAUCGGUGCCAGCAAUUCUAUGCUGGAGUCCAUUCGGCAAGAAAUUCAAUGGCAUUGAUUCACUGGAGCUCAUGACACCUUGGAACCUGGGUAUCCCCGAUGGGACAUUGAGUGGACUGGAGAAGUUCGAAGCUCCGGACCCUGCUGAAUUCGUUGAUCGUGGAUAUGCCAUCAUCAAUGUUGACUCCCGCGGAGCCUUUGAUUCUGAAGGGAUAAUGGCUAUCAUGGGAACGCAGGAAGCCGAGGACGGAUAUGACACUAUCGAAUACCUCGCAAAGCUUCCAUGGUGCAACGGAAACGUCGGUAUGGCAGGCAAUUCCCAUCUGGCGAUUAUCCAGUGGUUUGUCGCAGCUUUGCAGCCUCCGUCGCUAAAGGCGAUCGCUCCCUGGGAGGGCUGUGGUGAUUUGUACCGGGAGCAAUUUGCUCGCGGUGGAAUUUAUGGCGGAGAUUUGUUUGAUCAUCUCAUUAUCAAGUACAUGCUGCGCGGACGCAAUGGCAUGGAGAGUUUCCGGAAGAUGUUCGAUCAGCACCCUCUCGCGAAUGACUGGUGGAAAGACAAGAGACCCGACAUGAAGAAGAUCAAUAUCCCCACGUAUAUUACGGGCACAUACACCAACACCAUGCACGGUAUGGGCGCUAUUCGGGGGUGGCUCGAGGUCAACUCGCCCAACAAGUGGCUUCGCUGGCACCCGUACCAGGAAUGGUACGACAUCUGGGGCAACCAAGAAGGACGACUGGAGCUGUUGUCUUUCUUCGAUCGAUACUUGAAGGGCAUUGAGAAUGACUGGGAGUCAACCCCGCGAGUGCGUAUGUCCGUCCUGAAAUAUGGAGAGAAAGAGCCGCUGGCCAACUUGGUUGAAGACGACUUCCCACUCCCCCGCACCAACUAUCGGAAGGCAUACUUGACUGCAGACGGAGCCUUGAGCCUGGAUCAGCCCGCCCCCAGUUCUGGAUCUGUUUCGUAUAACUCCGAAGAUGCAAAGGACAGGGCAACCUUCACGUAUAAAUUCAGCGAGCGAACGCAGAUUGUCGGAAUGCCCAAAGCCGUACUCUGGAUGCGCAACGACGACUUCGACGAUAUGGACGUGUUCCUUGUCUUGAACAAGCUGUCAGCUUCAGGAGAGCUGUUGCUCAACCUUAACAUCCCCUGGACCAACCUCCCCGUCUCAAAAAUCGCCGAUAUCCCCGAGGACAAGCGCACCGAGGUUAUCCUGUACCAAGGCCCCACAGGUAUUCUGCGAGCAUCGAACCGGACCAUUGACCCCUCACGCUCGAUGCAUGAGAAUUGGCCCUUCUACACGCAUGAGAAAGAAGAAAAGGUCGAGCCGGGGACUGUGGUGUGUCUGGAGAUUGGCAUCUGGUGUAUGGGUAUCGAGUUCGAGGAAGGCGAGAGCUUGCAGCUCAGUGUCAGUGGGCGUUAUCAAGGAUUCUCGAACUUUGGAACGAGCGAGCAUGUGCGGAAUAAUGGACAGCACUGGAUUCAUGCUGGGGGGAAGUAUGAUAGCCACCUGGUGCUGCCAUUUGUGUAG